GUUUACCAAGGGGUGGACUUCUCUCAUCCUCACUCUCAAAUCCGCCGUGCUCGAAACAAGCGGCCCGUAUCCAGCCACGCAUGUCCGCCGCCGGCGACGGGGAAGAUGGCGCCGCCGCCGCCGCCGCCGCCGCCGGCACGGUGGUCCUCGAGAUCACCGACGCAGCAGCAUCCCCAUCCUCCACGCCUCCACCUCCCCCCAUCCCCGUCUCCGCCCUCGCCGGCCCCCUCCCGUCCCCGACCGUCCUCGCGGUCCGCGCCGACCGGAGCAGGCUAAUCGAGAGCUCCUCCUACUUCCGCGCCCUCCUCGGCGGCAGCUUCAGCGAAUCGGGCAGCGGCUACGUGCGGAUCAGCUGCGACCUCGCCGCCGCCGUGCAGGUCCUCCGGUACCUCUUCGAUCCCCCCGCGAGCUUCACGAUCUCCCACGACAACUUCCUGCCGCUGCUGGAGGGUGCUCUGUUUCUCGCUGUCGAGAGCCUUCUAGCGGACUGUGAAAGGUGGUUCAGAACCAUGGGAUCUCAAAGUUCCUCCAUGGUGGUACCGUUGGAUUUCAUAAUCGAGGCCUGGUACUUCGCUCAAAAGCACGAAAGUCAUCGGUAUGUAGCAUGUAUUCCCGCAGCAACUUCGGGGCAUCAUCAAGUUAAGAAAUAAAGAUGCCUCCGCUAUUAAAGUGCUAUGUCAGAAGGCUCAAUUAGUUGUCCCUAUUAUUAUACCUCAACGAAGAAACAAUGCCCUGCGCUGAGAUCAAGCUCUACUCGUCGGAAGAAGUGCAACCGCUAAUUUAUAUUGUGGUAAUUAAUGGAAGAACCAAACGCAUCUACUUGUCCCCCAUUAAGUCAAUACAUGCACUGGCUUCCUUUGCUCAGAAGCAAGUACUGCACGC